AAUAACAAAAGUAUUAAGGCUUAAAUUAUAAAUUCAAAGACUUUUUUGUCAUUUCUCUGCCUGCUAAACUUAGAACAGUGUCCUUAACUCUCUGGAAACUCCUAAAACCCUAACACUGCACCUAAUUCACACGAACAAUGGCAGAAUCAACUCAGCUGAGUCAGCAUAUCGAGUCGUACGUGGACUCAACUCGCUCUCUCACUCAGCAGGCUGCAAGUUUGGACGCAAUUGUGUUGCUUCUGAAGAAUGACGCAGUGACUGUAGAAUCAUUGGUUAAGGUACUGGAGAUGUAUUUGACUACAACAGAUGACAUAAUACGUGCAAGAGGUAUUCUUCUACUUGGAGAAGCUCUUACACGUCUUUCAUCAAAGCCAUUAGACACCGCGACUACUCGUAGCUUGAUAAGAUUCUUCACAGAGCGAUUGGCAGAUUGGAGAGCUUUACGUGGAGCACUUGUCGGUUGUCUGGCACUUAUAAAGAAGAAAAGUAAUGGUAUCACUGGCAAUGAUGCGAAAUCGAUUGCAGAGUGUUUUUUCAAGGUUUUGCAGGUGCAAUCCUUAGCACAGCAUGAUAGGAAGCUGUGCUUUGAACUUUUAGAAUGCGUACUAGAACAGUAUCCUGACACAGUCAAUUCCCUGGGUGAGGACCUUAUUUAUGGAAUUUGUGAAGCUAUUGACGGAGAAAAAGACCCCCAAUGCCUGAUGCUGACGUUUCACAUUGUGGAGAUGUUGGGGAAACUGUUUCUAGAUCCUUGUGGUCCAAUUUCAAAUUUUGUUGGUGACCUUUUUGCCAUUUUGGGCUGUUAUUUUCCCAUUCAUUUUACACAUCCAAACUCUGAAGAUAUUGAUGUGAAAAGGGAUGACCUAUCAAGGGCAUUAAUGCUCGCCUUUUCUUCUACACCUCUUUUUGAGCCAUUUGCUAUGCCUUUGCUUCUUGAGAAGCUUUCCUCCUCCUUGCCAUCUGCAAAGGUUGAUUCUUUGAAAUAUCUGGGCUACUGCACAUUGAAGUUUGGAGUUGAUAGAACAGCAAAACAUGCUCGAGCUAUUUGGUCUUUAUUGAAAGAUGAAAUAUGCAGUUCAGGAGAAGAGUAUAUGGUAUCCUCAGACGCGGCAUCAAUAAUAGAUCCAGAUUCUCAUAAGAAUGAAGUAGCAACCGAAGCUCUAUCACUAUUGGAGAAACUUAUAGUACAAAAUGGAGAUUUGUUCCUAAGUAUGAUUAUUAGUGAUGAAGAUGUAAACAUGGUUUUCAAGACCAUCUCUAGUUUUAAGAGUUACAAUUUACUUUCCCCGCAAAGCAAACAGAAAUUGCACAUGGUUGGUCGUGUCGUUUGUGUUUGUGCAAAAACUUCUGUUUCUUCCUGCAAUACAGUAUUUAAAAAAUUCUUCCUCGACUUGAUGGAGGCUCUGGAUAUUUCAGUUGAAAACACAUCCAGAAAUUUCCAGUCUAAUGGCAAAGUUUCAAAAGCCGGUCAAUUUGAUUAUGGAUCUUCUUAUCUAUGCAUCAAACUUCUUGGAGCAUGCAGAGACUUGACUGCAAGUUCUGAGAAUCUCGCAUCAGAAUGUCUAUCUUCAAAUGAGACAUGGUGUCGUUUGCUUCAGCACUAUUCUACUUCUUUAACUGAAACCUUCAGUUCUGUUUUGGCAUCUUGCACCAAAGGACCUACUCGGAAUGUAGAUAUAUAUCUUGGAGUGAAAGGUUUGCAGAUUCUGGCAACAUUUCCUGGAGGUUCUUCACUUAUAUCAAAGUUGACAUUUGACAAUAUCUUGAUGAAACUCUUAUCAAUUAUCAAUAUGAAUUUCAACAAGACAUUGCUGUGGAAUCAGGCUUUGAACGCACUAGUGCAAAUUGGCUCGUUUGUUCAUGGAUGCAAUGAAUCUGAUAGGCAAACGAGCUACAUGGAUAUUAUAGUUGGCAAGAUGAUUUUGUUGGCGUCAGCUGCUGAUUUUAACAUGCCAUGGCGACUCAAACAGACCGCCAUCUCUAGCAUUGCCACAAGUGGGCAAAAAUAUCUGCUGAAAUUCUUUUUAGAGCUGGAAGAAGCUAUCCAUUCCAAUCUAGCAGAUGUUUAUGUCAAAGGAAAUGUAGAGUCAUCAAACAUCUUACUUCAGCUUUUGGAAUGUUAUUCUGUUGAGUUGCUUCCAUGGAUCCAGAAAACUGAAGGUUUUGAGGAAAAUCUGAUGCAAUUUGUGGUCAACUUAUGGAACCAAAUUGAAAACUGCACAACCUUCUCUGUUGCAUGCCAUGAAAAAGAUAAGCUUCUCGAAUCAAUAAUGAAAGUUAUAAAGGAUGCUGUUGCAUGCUGUUCAGUGGAAAGCCAGAACAUAAUAAUUAGUAAAGCUUAUGGUGUACUCUCAUCAAGUACUUCAUUACCACUGAAAGGGUCCAUGCCUGACAAUCCGGUGCAGCUGGAAAGGUUCAAAGAUAAUCAGGAAAUGCACAGCUUUUCCAGUAGAGAUGAAUGGAUUCUUUCUUUAUUUGCUUCGGUGAUUAUAGCAUUGCGUCCUAAAACACAGAUUCCGAAUACGAGAACAGUACUAAAUUUAUUUAUAAUGGCUCUGCUUAAGGGCCAUGUUACUGCUGCUCAAGCAUUGGGUUCCAUGGUUAACAAAUUGGAUGUUAAGUCCAACGGUGCAAGUUUUUCAGAUGGUUGUACAGUUGAUGAUGCAAUGGCUAUAAUACAUAGCACAAAUUUGUUUUAUUCUUUCGACAAUGGUUCUUUUGCAAAAUCUGCCUGGACAAGCAAUGGGGAUGAGAUGGCACUCACUAAUUUAUGCUUCGAUGCUCCAAACCUUGCAUUGCUUCAAAUUCCUGCCAUUGUCGGACUGGCGUGGAUUGGGAAAGGCUUGCUUAUGCGUGGUCAUGAAAAGAUUAAAGACAUAACCAUGGUUUUUCUAAACUGUUUACUGUCUGAUGGUAAAACUGGUACUUUGCUACCAGAAAAUGGCUCACUAGAGAACAGUAGAAAGCAAGAUCUGCAACAAUCUGUAACGAAAUCUGCUGCAGAUGCAUUUCAAAUUCUAAUGAGUGAUUCAGAACUUUCUUUGAACCGCAAGUAUCAUGCAAUAGUACGACCACUUUACAAGCAACGGUUUUUUUCUACCAUUAUGCCCAUCCUGCACCCUUUGAUAAUUCAAUCUAAUUCGUCAUUCUCGAGAUCGAUGCUGUACCGAGCCUUUGCCCAUGUUAUAUCUGACACUCCGCUCAGUGUUAUUGUGAAUGAUGCAAAGAAGUUGAUUCCAAUGUUGCUGGAUGCCCUAAUCUUGUUAAGCAAGGAUGUGAUGGAUAAAGAUAUCAUGUAUGGUCUCUUGCUGGUCUUAUCAGGGAUACUAACGGAUAAAAAUGCAGGAAAAGAAGCUGUGAUAGAGCAUGCUCACAGUGUCAUUAAAUGCCUUAUUGAACUUAUUCCCUACCCUCAUAUGACGCUUAUUCGAGAGACAUCAGUCCAAUGUCUUGUUGCCAUGUCAGAGCUGCCUCACACAAGGAUUUACCCUGUGAGAAACCAGGUUUUACAAGCAAUAUCAAAAGCGGUGGAUGAUUCCAAGAGGGUUGUUCGACAAGAAGCUGUAAGGUGCCGGAAAGCAUGGUCAAUGUCGAACAGCUUCAAUUGAGAGUUUCCGAUUUAUGAGUCUUAUGAUAUCCGUGGUUAUUAAAAGUAGGCACCAAUCAAAUUUCUUAAUAUGAUUGUUUUUUUAAUCCUCGUCAUGUCUCCAAAGUAAAUAUUCUAUUUUAAAGAUUUUCUAGGUUUAAUGAUGUACAGAUUUUCUGACUUCUUUGUACCAAAAUAUUGAUCUCUUUAAGAAAAAAGGGUUGUGGUGUAUAAAUGUUUGAUCUACCAAAUUCUGAAUACCUUACUUUCAGGAUAAUGGUUAACUACUUUGAUGUC